GUGAAAGGCUAUGUGAAAGUGAAAGUUAGAACUAUAAACAUAAAAAAUAUUCUCUUUAAAAUGUGGAUUUGGGUCUUCUGUAAUACAUUGGCUUACCUUUUUUCCUAAACUAGAUCUACCAAAAUUGUGUUCUUGAAUGCCUCAGCGAGAGAAGGGGUAAUGCAAAAUGUCAUACAAUCAAGAUGUCAAACGGCAGCAGCAGCUUCAUUCCUCAUCCCCUCCAAGGAAAAAACAGUUCAUUAUAAACAAAGAGCUAUCUGAUUCUGACUCCGAUAAUGAACAGUCAAGCUUUCACAAUACUCCAUCCUAUGCUUCCUUUUACACCAAACCAAAUGAUGUUGCAGAAUCUGAAAAAAUUAGGCAGUACAGUUCAUUUGCCCAAAAACAAAUGGAACUUAUGGGGCACAAAGCAGGUAAAGGUCUUGGUAAAUAUGAUCAAGGAAGAGCAGAUAUUCUUGAUACUGAAAUGCGCAGAGGAAGAAGAGGUCUUGGAUUCCAAGUUGAAGGUUUUGAUGAUGUGAAGACACCUUGGGAGGAGGAGGAGGUACAAAUAGUAGAGCAAAAAGAAGCAAUCCCUUCAUGUUCACAUCAACUAUUGUCAAUACAGGAUAUGCAAGGAUGGUGUUACGUUGAUAAGAAAAAGCUCUCCAUUGAAGAUGAAACAGAAUUUUGUGAUCCUGAUGUGUUGUCUGAUAUAUUAUCAAGCAAAAGUGUUUUUGAUGCUUUAACUGGGGUAGAAUUCCUUAAAGCAAGAACCAGAGCAAAUCCAUAUGAAUUCAUAAAAGGAGCCAUAUUUCAAAACAGAGCAGCAGUUAAAAUGGCUAACAUAGAUUCUGCUUUUGAUUUUAUGUUUACUAGUCCUAAAACAAAAGAUGGGGCAGAUGUUGUAGGUCCCAAUGAGUUGUUGUACUUUGCUGACAUCUGUGCAGGUCCUGGAGGAUUCUCUGAGUAUGUGUUAUGGCGAAAGAAAUGGAAAAGUAAAGGUUUUGGAUUCACAUUAAAGGGAGACUGUGAUUUUAAACUGGACAGUUUUCUUGCUGGGACUCCAGAAACAUUUGAACCUCAUUAUGGUGUUGGAGGAAGAGAUGGAGAUGGGGAUAUUUUCAAAGAAGAUAACUUAGAAGCUUUUAAGAACUUUGUWAUGGAGUCCACAGAUGGGCAAGGUUGCCAUUUUGUCAUGGCAGAUGGAGGUUUUUCAGUAGAAGGUCAAGAAAACCUUCAAGAAAUUCUUAGCAAACAGCUCUACCUAUGUCAGUUUGUAUGUGCUUUAUCAAUCUUAAGACCAGGCGGACAUUUUCUGUGCAAGCUGUUUGAUUUAUUUACACCCUUCAGCAAUGGACUUAUCUACUUGAUGUAUAGAGCUUUUGAUGAAGUUUAUAUAUUUAAACCAGUCACUAGUAGACCAGCUAAUUCAGAAAGGUAUAUUGUUUGCAAGUUUUUACRAAAUGAUACCUCAGAUAUACGUGACUACAUGUUUAACAUAAAUGUUAGAAUAAAUCGUUUGAAGCAAAGUGAUCAAGAUGUGAUGCAAGUGGUUCCACUGGAUAUUCUUAAAUCUGACAACUCUUUUUACUCAUAUAUGAAAGAAUCAAAUAACAGGAUUGGGAGAUCACAAACCAACUCUCUGAGAAAGCUUCGYGCUUAUGUGCAGGAUCCGUAAGUAUGGAAUCUUAAUGAUCAUUUUUUCAUUGAAUAGUGUUUUUUGCUUUCACAACCACAAUCAUUGUUGAUAGUUAGGAUUUUGAACUUUUACAAAACAAAAGAUGAAUGACCACAGGCAACCCAAGCAAAGCAUUUGAUUCAAAA